AUCCUCUUAACUCUAAUGUCCCCCCGUUCUCUUCCUGGCCAUUUAACAAAUUCCCAAAUCAGACGAAACGAGAGAAACUGUGUGGCGCAGCUUGUAUCCGCACUGUAGCCGACCGGGUUCUGCGACACAUCCCGUGGAUUCGUUGAGCGAUUUAUAAAGAAUACUUAGGUUGUCAUGUCCGAGUGUGCGCUUGUUCUAGUUGUCGUCGUUCGGGCUGCGCAUUUUACUGAUCUUUAGUAGCUUGUAAUCGCAUCAGUGUCAAACCCCCCAGUUCCCCUCCGACCGCGAGAAAGGAUCGAACGUCUGUUUCCUAAUUUAUUUGCUGUUCUGUGCGGGAUUUACCGAGUCCGAUCACGGGAAAGGACUGGUUGCCCUCACAUGCGUAACUUUUAGUAUCCAAUAUCUUUUGUUAAUCUUUCUGUUUUUUCGAAGUACUGCUACAUUUUACUACGGUGGGUCAGUUAUGCCUUUUUGAACUUUAAAAACUUUAUGCUCGCAAGACAUGGAGUUUCCCUACAAAUUAAGAAACGCAGUAUUGCUUUCGCUUGUUAUAAUUUGUGUGGUCGACGUUUCGUUUUGCGCAAGGAGAUCCAAUGUGAGAAAAUCUGAUCGGCUCAGUCCGCCGCUGGACAUCCAGCUGGAGGCGCUGAACUGCACGGCGUUCGGCGUCCGCUGGAGGAUGCCCCGCCGGCACGUCAGCACCAUCACCGGCUACAAGGUGUUCUACACGGAGGUGAGGAGCGGUCGGCCCGCAAGCUCGCCGGUCACCUUGGAGGUUCCGCUCAGCCUGGAAAGCCUCACCACCGGACAGUUUGAUGGACAGGCCAGCUUUGACGUGGAGGUCGGGGGUCUGAGAGUGGGCACGCUGUACCGCGUCAGUGUGGGCGCGUACGGUUGGGCCGGCGAGGGACGACCCAGCAUGCCCCGGGACGUCCGCACCGCGUCGCUGGAUAAGUGCAUGCCCCCAUCUCCCCCCACCCAACCAGGGGUCAAAGUGGUGUCGGACACAGAGCUUGCGUUGUCAUGGCAACAGGGCGAAAGUGAGGGAAGUUCACCGGUCCUGCACUUCCUGGUGGCCUAUAUCAGGCCCGAGCUGGACACCGAGUGGACGUCCAUCCGGGAGCCGAUCGCAGCCAACUCCAUGGUGCUGAAGGGCCUGAAUCCGGACACGGAGUACCAGUUUGUGGUCCGGGCCGUGAACACCCACGGGGCGAGCCCGCCCAGCGCCAUCAACAGCCCCGCCCGCACGCUCGUUGCAGAGGAGGUGGGCAGCGGUUACAGCCGGGGCUACAUCACCGGGCCGCAGAGCUACGACGAGGACGGCUUCGACGCAGACGACUCGGACUACGACGUCUACAUCGAGGAGCUCAGCCCGUUUCCCGCCGUCACGGACGACAGGAAGUCCCAGCUGCGCUCCCAGACGGGGACAGGAAACGUGAUCUACAGGAGAACCACCGCUGCCCCCAACACGACCGCCACUGCUGCCCGGACCAGCGCCACCACCUCUGCCCCUGCCCCCACCACCACCCCUGCCCCCACCCCCACCCCCACCACCACUGCUGAGCCUACACCCACCACACCCACCCCCGAGGCCUUCUACUCCACCACCGUGACCUACAGUCUGACCUUUAACCCCGCCACGCCCACCGCCACCGCCACCACAGAGGCCUCCACUGCCACCUUUGGCCCCGCCCCCUCCACAGCCACGCCUCCGCCUCCCGCGCUAGUCCCCGCCCCCUCCAGACCCGUCACCCAAUGGAAGGGGCCUGUCCCCCGCCUCUACGACCUGCCCUGCGAGGACACGGUGUGCCCCCCCGACAGCUUCUGCAUCAACGACUACGACAGCGGCGGGUCGCGGUGCCACUGCAGCCUGGGCCGGGGGGGGGUCACCUGCUCUGAGGGUGUGGCAGUGCAGUAUCCUCAGUUCUACGGCUACUCCCACAUGACCUUUGAACCCCUGAAGAAUUCCUACCAGACUUUUCAGAUCACCCUCGAGUUCAAGACGGAGGCGGAGGACGGGCUGCUGCUGUACUGUGGGGAGAACGAGCACGCCCGCGGGGACUACACCUCCCUGGCGCUCAUUCGCCGCAAGCUGCACUUCAGGUUUAACUGUGGCACAGGGGCGGCGCAGAUCGUGAGUGACAGCCGGGUGGUGCUGGGUCAGUGGCACACCGUCACGGUGUACAGGGACGGGACGAGCGGCUGGCUGAGGCUCGAUAACGACACACCUGUGUCCGGACGCUCACAGGGUCAGUACACCAAGAUCACGUUCCGCACGCCGUUCUUCGUCGGCGGCGCCCCCGGCGUGUACUGGCUGGCGCGGGCCGCGGGGACCAACCGCGGUUUCCAUGGUUGCGUGCAGUCCGUCAGCGUCAACGGCAAGGGCGUGGACAUGAGGCCCUGGCCCCGGGGCCACGCCCUCAGCGGGGCCGACAUCGGAGAGUGCAGCGGGAGUGUCUGUGGAGGGGUCACCUGCGCCAACGGAGGAACGUGCUUCGCCCACCGGGCGGACGGGUACAUCUGUUUGUGCCCGCUUGGCUUCAGGGGCACGCACUGCCAGGAGAGCUUCCUGCUGUCUCUGCCGAGCUUCAACGAGACGCUGCGGUCGUACGCCAGCGCCCCCUGGCCGCAGUCCUCCAGGCAGUACCUCUCCUUCAUGGAGUUUGAGGUGACCUUCCGGCCAGCCGCGCCCGACGGCACGCUGCUCUACAGCGAGGACACGGACAGCCGCGACUUCCUGUCCAUCGCGCUGGCGGCCGGGCACCUGGAGUUCCGCUUCGACUGCGGCACGGGCCCCGCCCUCAUCCGGAGCGAGGAGCCGGUCAGCGUUGGCGCCUGGCACGAGCUGCGCGUCUCCCGUACCGCCAAGAACGGCAUCCUGCAGGUGGACAACCAGAGGCCCGUGGAGAGCAUGGCCGAGGGGGCGUUCACUCAGAUCAAGUGCAACACUCCACUGUACAUCGGCGGCGUCCCUAAUUAUGACAUCACCAAGAGCAGCGCGGGGGUCCUGCGACCCUUCAGCGGCAACAUACAGAAGGUCCUCCUCAACGACCGCACCAUCCCGCUGACCGCCGCCCCGGCCGAGGGGGUGAAUCUGGAGAACGCCGUGCACCCCUGCGUGGACCAGCCGUGCGCCAACGGCGGGACGUGCCGGCCCAAAUGGGACGAGUACGAGUGCGACUGUCCCCUGGGCUACGACGGCCGGCACUGCCAGAAGGAGUGUGGAAAUUAUUGCUUAAACACUGUUACGGAGGCGAUAGAGAUUCCUCAGUUCAUCGGACGCAGCUACCUCACCUACGACAACCGGGACAUCCUCAAAAGAGUCAGCGGCUCCAGGACUAGCGUGUUCAUGCGCUUUAAGAGCACCGCCCCGGACGGCCUGCUACUCUGGCGGGGGGGCAGCCCCACGGGGCCCAACAGCGACUUCCUGUCCCUCGGCCUGCAGGACGGGGCCCUCGUCUUCAGCUACAACCUGGGAAGCGGUGUUGGCACAGUCAUGGUGAACGGCACCUUCAGCGACGGAAGGUGGCACAGAGUCAAGGCCGUCAGGGAUGGUCAGUCUGGGAAGUUGACGGUGGACGACUACGGAGCCAAGACCGGAAAAUCACCGGGAAAAAUGAGACAGCUCAACACCAACGGCGUUUUGUAUGUCGGGGGGAUGAAGGAGAUUUCUCUGCACACAAACAGGCAGUACAUGCGGGGUCUGGUCGGCUGUGUCUCCCAUUUCACCCUCUCCACAGACUACCACCUCUCCCUCGUGGAGGACGCAGCUGACGGCAAGAACAUCAACACUUGCAGCAACUAAGAGCUGCGGUGUCCUUGUUUCCUGGGGGACGUUAUUUGCAGUGGGACCACUAACACAAGGACCACAUAAGCAGGGAGGGUGUGCCAUGUGACUGGACAACUCAGUGGUACUUCCUGCGAGAAAUAUGAAAGGGUUGCAUCUCCACUUCCUGAAGGACAUUGUCUUGGAAGAAUCCUGAAUGAGGAUUCAAAUUUUAUUAAUUUAUUUUUUUUGUACGUCCUGAUCAGAUUGUUUAAACCCUCAAGGUUUAGUCAUUUAGGGCAUCAUUUGUAAGCCAGCAGUCCAGUGAUGGUGUUUUAGAUGAGGAAGCUGCCAGUGUGGUUUGACCCGAAGUGAAAGUGUCCGUUCUGAAGCCUCUGAGCUGGAGUCUCUCUCCUUUUCCUGUUCUCUUGUGUGGGUCAGGAGGGAAAUCCGCCAUUUGUGAUGCUGUAGUGUGUAAAUGAGGCCUCUGCCUCCAUGCUCUGAAAAACUGCGUAAGCAGCUGUCUCAGAGAGAGACGAUUGACCUUCAGGGCCACCGUACUUCACUACAGCCACAAUCCCAUGGUUGUCUUUGAAUGGUGAAAUGGCCCAUAUGGGUUACUGUACAGUAUAACCCCCGAAAACGCUCCUAAAUUCAGUUAAAUAAACCACUGCUUGGCUUAGCUUCCAUGUCGGAAGCUGUGAAUGCAUGCUGUCUCCCGAAUGAGAAUAGAUGCUACUGUUUGUGUUAAAUAUUCAUUACUUGUGCGAGGAAUCAGUGAAUUCACCUUUUCUCUCUGGUCAGGCUAAGGCUGAAUUCAGGCUGUUCACUGAAAUGUCAAAUUCUGACACUGCUUUUGGGACCCAGUGUAACCAGUAUUAUCUUUUGUAAACACUCAUAAGUAUCUGAAAACCAUCACCAUUAUUGGUAGAUAACUGCACUGUAGUUUGCUGUUUGCUGGAGCCCUGUACCCCUGCCCCCCUCCUACAAAAAAAGGUAUAGCAUUUUGUACAUUUUGUGUAUUCUUGAAGAUGUUAAUUUAUUACUCUUUUCAGAUUUCAGGAAAUAAACUGAACCAUUUAAUACAA